AUGUCUAACGAAAUUAUUUUAGAAAGAGAACGUGAAUUGCUACCAGAAAUUGAAAAAGAAAUUAUAGAACAAGUUAAAUAAGAAUUACAAAUUCAAUAUCAAAUUAAAUUUUAAGAAGAAAUUGAUUCUCUAACAUAAUUUAAUGAACAAUAACUAAGAACAGAAUUAGAAAAACAAAUACGAAUUGAUUAUGAAGACUAAAAAGAGCAUUUAGCUACAGAUGUUAUAAGAGAAUUUGAUGAUUCUCUUUAAAGAGGUUUAUUCGAAUAAUAAUUAAGAUUCAAAAUUCAAGAGGAAUUGAAAGAACAAAUUUGCAAGAUUGAAAUCAGUUGAGUAUGUAAAACUUAAAAAAUUGCAGGAUGAGUAGAAAAAACACAGCCAAUUAUUAAAAGAUCAAGAAAAUAAAUAUUAAGAUAUUAUGAAAUCACUUCAAAAAUUAAUAUAAGAUCUUACUCAAAUAAUUAGAAUUAGCCUUAUAAGAUUAAAUAACUUAAGAAAAAUUGCGAAACUAAUAAGAAAAUCUUGAUAACUUAGACUAUGAUAAAUAAAUUUACAUGCAGUUUUCAAAAUAGAAUCCAAUUUAAAAUUAAAAUAUAACUCCAAUUUAUUAAAAUUAAUAAAACACAGAGGAAGAAUCAUAAGAAUAAUAAAUUUAAGUUAACUUAAAAAAAUAUAAAUUUCAAAAUAUUUAAAAAGCUCAAUAAAAUGAAGAAAAUAAUUUAAAAAGCUAAAAGAAUACAAAAAAGAAAUAAAGUUCAUAAUAACAAAAUUAAUUAGAUAGAGGUUUUAAGUAAUAGAAAAGAAAUAUGGAAACAUUAAAACCUUAAUACAUAGAAUAAGAAAAUAAUUAAAGACAAAUUAAUAGGAUAGAUAUAAUUAUUAAAGAAUAUGAUUAAACUUCCAUUUUAUGAGCUAUAAUAGUCUUUUAAAGAAAAUGAUCUUGAUAUUAUCUAAAUUGUUUUUUAUCAAAAAUAUUUAAAGCAAUUUUAAGAAUGA